AUGCCUCCAAAGCAACAAUUAUCAUGUCCUCACGACAAAAUAACAUACACUCCCUCUCCACACGCCACACAGGUAAACUACCACCAACCAUCAAAACAAGAACGGCAAAAUGCCACGAAACCAGCACCAUCCUCGUCAUCAAAGCGCAAGCCGUUGAUAGCAGCACCGCCUACACGAACUGAUAUAGAGAAUUUCCCUGCCCCGCUCAUCCUCCCAGGAGACGAUCUGGCGUUGGACCCGGAGUAUCCCCCGCAAUCGUUCCAGGAGUGGCUCGACGAAGAGGAGCGCAAUCCUGUCACCCCGAAGAGGAAAACAAUUUACUUUCUUGAGGCUCCUGGUGUGGAUAGAAGAAUUAGCGAGGUAGAAUCCUGGUCAAGGCCAAAUGCACUUGGCCUGGAUUCGGAUUCGCAUUCUACAGACGAUGCGGUAACACCACCAGCAUCAAAGGAUAUAACCGAAUACCUAGCGGCAUUCUUCCACGGUCUCCCGGUGAAACAACUCAAUCUGCCAAAAGGACAGUGGAAAUUUACUCCGUGGAUAGACACCCCUCCACCCAAGAAACUAAAGCUUGGACACCAAGUAUCGACGGUUAAACACAUCGCCCUCACAACACCCGCAGAGCAAAUCCGCAUCCGCACGCGCGCUUGUCCAGACGGUCUAUAUGCCAGGCAACUGAACCUGGAUGACCUGCUAGACGUGGCUAUUGCGAUUCUACCCAAGGAUGCAUAUGCGCUGUGUAUGCUUGUGAACCACGACCUAUAUGAAGACGAGGAGGAUAGUUUCGUGUGCGGAAGGGCGUAUGGUGGCAGCCGCGUUGCUGUUGUUUCAGCGGCGCGGUAUAAUCCGGUCAUUGAUGGGGUGCAGGGGGUUGAGAGGGGGCAUGCGUGGCCUGGGGCGCAUUGUGGGGGGUUUGUUGGGGAUGUUUGUACGGAGUGGAAAUAUUCUGGAGACAGGAGGAAGCGUUCCAAAGUUAGAAGUGGCUCUGAUUCUGCUGCCACUAUAUCUGGGAAACAAGAGGGACCACUUGAAGACGCGAUGGACGUUCUUCGCAAAGCUCAAACACACUCUCACUCUAUACGAAUAGCUGGUGAUGGCGAGGGGCAGUCAGCACUUUGGCUUUGGCGGAUAAUCCGCACGACGAGCCAUGAACUCUGUCACUGUCUUGGUCUCGACCACUGCGUGUACUACGCGUGUAUUAUGCAAGGCAGUGCCUCGUUGUCCGAGGAUACGCGGCAGCCGCCGUACUUGUGUCCCGUGGAUCUUGCGAAGGUGUUGUGUGCAACGGGCUCUACGGCUGAGGAGAGGGAUAGGGCGUUGUUGAGGUAUUGCGAGGAGAGACGAGAGUUUAUGUAUUUAAGGGCAUUUGCGGCGUGGUUGAAGGCGUCCUUGGGGAUUGGGAAUGGGGUGGAUGGCAACCAGGUGGUUGUUAUUGAUGAUUGA